AUGACCUCUACGACCCCAGAUCCCGCCGAGAUCUUCUCGGAGGAGUCUAGCUUCUACGGCGACGAGAACGAGCAAGCACGACUAGAAGAGCAAGUAGCCUCCUAUGACAUCGAGCCAUACUGGUCAGAAUACCACUCCAAGCUCCCAUCAACCAGGCAAAAUGAGCGACGCGCAUCUACCCUAAAAAGGGAACCAUCGGACUGCCCCAUGCCCGACCAAAACACAACCGAUUCACCCGGCCGGCUCCCUCUUAACAAACGCGGCGCAAAUGAAUCCAUCGCCAGCUUUCUUACUCGCCUUCCGCCAUCUCAAACAGUAUUCCCAGGAAAGGACCCAUGGAUUUGGGCACGCGGGAACGCAAAUCUUACAGCCAAUCUGAACUCACGCGACGAAGCAACAUUUAUUCGCAAGGGUACUGAACUCCUCCGCGCAUUUGAAGAGACACUUUCUGAAUUACGCGCUGCACACGACAAGUCUGGCGCCAAGACUACAGCUGCGUUGACGCGCAAACUUACACCGCUUCGCCGUGAGCUGCAGAAGAAUAUCUUUGCGUUGGCGCUCGAGACAGGUGUGACGGUUGGGAAGUGGAUGUUGUUUCCGUCAGUGGGUGACGUGGAUUCUACGUGGAAGACUCUUGUUACAGCUCUGGAUAACGGGACUAUUCAUGCAGAUGCUAAGGUCGCGGCGGACGAUGAGUCUGGGUCUGGACAGAGUCGUUUGAUUUGUGUCUUCACCCAGGAUUUUGAGGACAAAGAGGAUGUGAAGGAGGUUUUACUGAACAUGAAGGCUCAGGGGCUUUUUGAGCCGAGCAAAGGGCCGAUAUUUUACAAAUGCGACGCGUAUACGUUGCUUGGAAUUACGUCGAAGAAUGAGUAUGGGCUUAAGGCAAGUAUGUAUUCGAGUCGGGACUUUCUGAAGUGA